AUUUUCACGUUUGUCUCUAAGACAUUAGGCACGCCACUGUGAAUGUUAAUCAAGAUUGUUUAGUUUUCGGUUAUUUCUUUUUGUCAGAUACCGGCGACAAGUGGUUAAACGGUGUCUUGAUGAGCGACUUCCAACCCCCCCUACUCUCAGCGCUGGUUUAGUCUGGCUCGCCCCCAGUUGCUGCAUUUGUCCCGGGAUGACCUGUUGAUGUCGGUAGCUAAAAUAGAGUAAGAUUUCUGUAGUGGUGCUGGCCAUUGCGUCAUGGCUCAGACCCUUCAGAUGGCGAUUCCCAAUUUCGGCAACAACGUCCUGGAGUGUCUGAACGAGCAGCGUCUGCAGGGGCUCUACUGCGACGUGUCGGUGGUGGUCAAGGGCCACGCCUUCAAGGCGCACCGGGCCGUGCUGGCGGCCAGCAGCUCCUACUUCCGCGACCUGUUCAACGCCAGCGGCGGCGCCGGCAACAAGACGCCGGUGGUGGAGCUGCCGCCGGCCGUCCAGCCGCAGAGCUUCCAGCAGAUCCUGUCCUUCUGCUACACGGGCCGGCUGAGCAUGAACGUGGGCGACCAGUUCCUGCUCAUGUACACGGCGGGCUUCCUGCAGAUCCAGCAGAUCAUGGAGAAGGGCACCGAGUUCUUCCUGAAGGUCAGCUCGCCCAGCUGCGACUCGCAGGGCCUGCACGCCGAGGAGGGGGCGCCGCCGUCCGAGCCCCAGAGCCCCGUGGCGCAGACCACGGUGGGGGUCGGCGUUGGCGGUGGAGGAGGAGGCGGCGGAGGAGGAGGAGGAGGGGUGGACCAGCCGCGGUCGAGCAGUCGGCCGGCGUCCUGCCUGACCCCGCUGCCGCUGGUGUCCAAGGUGAAGACGGAGCAGCCGGAGGCGUCGCCCUACUCGGUGGUGUGCACGCCCGUGGCCAAGCGCCUCUGGGAGGGCGGCAACCGGGGCGAGAGCGGCGGCGGCUCGGGGGGCUCGGGCGGCAGCAUGCGCAAGGCGGCCCGCUUCUCCCAGGAGGCCGCCCGCGGCAGCGCCAUCCAGAGCAGCCUCGGCCUGGGCCUGGGCCUGGCACUGGGCAACAACGGCGGCGGCGGCGUCAGCAGCAACGGGAACGGCAUCAGCACGGCCACCCCGGAGGGCACCAGCCCGGGCAACCUCAGCGCCUACACCAGCGACUCGCCCAUCUCCUACCACGACGACGAGGAAGAGGAGGAGGCGGUGGACGACGGCACGGAGGAGCAGUACCGGCAGAUCUGCAACAUGUACACCAUGUACAGCAUGCUCAACAUGGGCGCAGCAGGUGAGAGCACACGCCAUGCCGGCGCGCCAGCGACAGUGGCGGGCGAGCGUGUGGAGGCCCUGCCUGACCACUCCGAGACGCGGAGUCGGGGCCGAGGGCGGCAGGACCUGGCCUCUUUGCCCACGGAGCUCAUAGCACAGAUUGGCAACCGCUGCCACCCCAAGCUGUACGAGGAGGGCGACCCUGCCGAGAAACUGGAGCUGGUCUCAGGCACCAACGUGUACAUCUCGAGGGCCCAGCUCAUGAACUGUCAUAUCAGUGCAGGCACCAGACACAAGGUUCUCCUGCGGAGGUUGCUGGCUGCAUUCUUUGACAGGAGCACUCUGGCGAACAGCUGCGGAACCGGCAUCCGCUCCUCCACCAACGACCCCAGCCGCAAGCCUCUGGACAACCGCGUCCUGCACGCCGUCAAGUUCUACUGCCAGAACUUUGCCACCAGCUUCAAGGAGAGCGAGAUGAACGCCAUCGCGGCAGACAUGUGCACCAACGCGCGGCGCGUGGUGCGCAAGAGCUGGAUCCCCAAGCUGAAGCUGCUGAUGGCCGAGGGCGACGCCUACGCCAGCUUCCUGCCCGACAGCGUCAAGCUGGAGGCGGACGCGCUGAACGCCGAGGGCGCCUUCGACCCCGCCGGCCUGGAGGGCGGUCCGGCCGGGGGCCCCGGCGAGGUGGGGGUGGGGGCCGGCGACUCCCUGCAGGACGUGGGAGGGGACAGCAGCUCCUUGUUUUAGGGGCCUAAACCUGUCGCCCCCCCAUCCCAUCCACCCCACCCCUCCUUCCACAACCACAGCCCGACCCAUCACACACGUACACACACACACACACACCUACACAAACACACACACACACACACACACACACAACAUGUAUACUCCUCCUCCUGUCGCUGCCGCUGCCGCCGCGCUGCUUCCGGCUCCCCCACACCCCUAAAUGUCACGUGUCCCAACCCUCCGGCCCUACUGUUGUGAUCUGACCAAGCCCUGCCCUGCCCUGCCCAACCUCCCCAAC